CGCACUCGUCAUCGUCACCACAUCGGAAGUUCUUUUCCAGCGGCACGUCCUGCGCUAGUUGGAGGACACCAUUCAGCCAACAUGAUCAGUAAAGUGGUCGGUCCGAAGUAUGUGGCCAUUGCCAAAUCCUGGAUGCCAACUCUGGCGGUUUGGGGCACAGCUGGAGGCGUGGCUCUGGUCCACUUCACAGAUUGGCGAUUGAUUUUGGAAUAUGUCCCCUACAUCAGCGGCAAAUUCAAGGACGACGAGUAGCGACAUUCAGGUCGGUGCUGAUUUUUACACAAAGACUUCAAUAAUGAACCAGAACGGCUGCAGCCCGCAUUGCGUGCCGGGCCACUGAAAGCUGUCAUCUUCAUCCUGCAGCUCUGUCAACAUUGAACAUCACCAUCACAUGAUAUGCACUGGAAUUUGUCAUUUCAAAGUUGCUCAACCAGUGAAAACUUGGAUGGAAGGAAUAUGAAAACACCAGCGAUAAAUGGACUUUUCUUUUCUUUUCCCACUUAGUUUGGAGGUCAGGUAUUUAUUUUAAACAUCGGUCUCGUGUGUCAGACCUAAUUCACAAAUGGAAAAAUCUGUCUUCAUGUCACACUGUAAUUGUUUUGAAAAUAAGUAAAGUAUGUGAGAUGUAUCCUA